UCUCAUUAUGCAACAAAGCUAUAUGACGUCUCUGAUAUCGAUAGAGCCUCAGCCAGGUCACCCCACCAUCGUUUUCCAGAAUACCCCACUAACUUAUACUGCUCUCUUCGCCCAACUCACCAACAGGUACAUACGCGUAAAAGAUAUAGCAGGACGACAAAAUGGCAGACGCAGAAUUAGAACAGAUUCGCAAAGCGCGACUAGAACAGCUCAAGGCGCAGGGUGGCGGGGCAAGCAAUCCGGGGGCCAGCCAGGGAGCAAAUCAGGCAGAGCAGCAGAAGCAACAAGAAGCCGAAGCACGCCAGUCCAUCUUAAACCAGAUCCUACACCCGGAAGCUGCCGAUCGCCUUGGUCGCAUCCGACUCGUCAAAGAGGAGCGCGCGAACGAUGUAGAGAACCGGCUCAUCAUGCUCGCGCGAACAGGCCAGCUACGUCAGAAAGUAACCGAGGCUCAGCUCAAAGAGCUUCUCAACGCAGUCGCGGAUAACAAGGAGGAAGAGAAGAUUGUGGUCGCGAGGCGCAAGGCCUGGGACGACGAGGACGACGACCUGUUGGAUUUGUAGGGCAAGGGGGCAAAGGCGAAUAAGAAGUGAUGAUGAUAUCAGGGCGAAUAAGCGCGGCACGAUUGGGCGGCAUGGCAUUGGCGUUUAUAGGAAAAACAGGAGGAGUACUUCCUCCAUGUGGUCACGGUACAAUAGUGUACAACUCCUAAUGACACGAUU